CGUUUAAUCCUAAUUCGUAAAUGCGCACUUGCCCCUUUUUCGUUCAAGUAAGACCGAUGCACAUUUGCAGGUGAAGUGGGUACCCAAGACGAAGUAUCCUGACGGCGAAGCACUCCUCCAUGAUUCCUUGCUAGUGGGUGCGGCUGUAUCAUCCUCUCUGAAAUGAGAUGCCAUAUUAUCAGUUGUAAGUCUCCCACUACCUUACCCAUUUCUGGAAGUCGGUCUGUUCUUUUUAAAUUUAGUAUUUUUCCCCCUUUCUUCUCCGAAUUGUUCUCAUGUUAUUUUGUUCCAUUGCCAAGAAACAAGCAGAAACGGAAAAACCCACGUUCAGUGAGCCCAAUUUAUAGUUUUUUCUGAUCAGUAGUGAGCCUAAUUAACAUCUAAGUUCUGUUUGACGAGCUUUGAGGGGAUCGUCUUUUCUACAUCAUCCCAAUCAUUUUUCAAUGCCGCUGUUUGGUAAUGUGGUCAGGUGCGCGCAAUGCAGUGCAAACGCAGUGAACUUGAAUAAUCAUGUAGCUGUGGUGAAGAACAUGUCUUCCUCAUUGGCCUUCAAUCGUUCUUUUCCAAGAUAUCAUCCUUUUGCAACCUUACAAAUCAGUGUCGGUGUGGGAGAUGCAUUUAAUUCUAGCAAGUGUCACCAGUCAAAAGUUUCUGAGAAAGUGAUUUUGGGCGAGGAUAAGGUUGUUGGUUACAUUGACUUUGUAGAAGGUAUUGAAGAUGAUAAGGAAAGGCAAAGACGAAGAAAGAUAGGGUUAGCAAACAAGGGGAGAGUGCCGUGGAACAAGGGCAAGAAACAUAGUGCAGAGACUUGUCAGCGUAUCAAGCAAAGAACAAUAGAAGCUUUGAGAGACCCCAAGGUAAGGAAGAAGAUGUCUGAACAUCCACGUCCUCACAGCGAUCAUAUCAAGGCAAAAAUAAGCUCUUCACUUCGAAGUAUUUGGCAAGAGCGCUUAAAAUUGAAAUGGUCAAGAGAAAGGUUCUUCUGUUCAUGGCAAGAAAGUAUAGCAGAAGCAGCUAAGAAAGGUGAGACUGACCAGCUAGAGCUAGAAUGGGAUAGCUACGAUAAGAUAAAACAAGAAAUGGUCCUCCAACAGCAUCAGUGGGUAGUAGAAAAGGCAAAGGCAAAGCAAGUGGCAAAGACAAGAGCAGAGAAAAUCAUUCUUUUGUGGGCAGAAAGCAUAGCAAAAGCAGCUAAGAAAGGAGGGACAAACCAGCAAGAGCUAGAUUGGGAUAGCUAUGAUAAGAUAAAACAAGAGGAAGUCUUCCGACAGCUUCGGUGGACUGCAGAAAAGGCGAAGGCAAAGGAGAGGAAAAAUAUAAGGGCAAGGCUUGCUCAAAAGAGAAAAGAACUGCAAGAGAAGGCAAGAGCGAGAGGAGAGAUUGAGGUAAAGACACACAGAAAGUCAAAGGAAGACAAAGAUGACUUGGCUGUUGUCCAAGAGUCAAAUCUUAAGCAGAGACUGACAAAGAUUCACACAAAGUCCAUAAAUGAUCAACUAGCUGAUCGAGGGGACACAGUGGCUUUGCAUUUUGGAGCCUUGGAGAAAUUGAAUCUAGAACACAUAAAGAGAGAAAAGACACGGAGGGAAGUUUCACUCGCUGAUCAGAUCCAAGCUGCCAGGAAGAAAAAGGAAUCCCUGGCUAGGGAAGUUGUGGCAGCUCAUACUCUGAUUACUGAUCCAAUAGAAAUAUGAGUAAGCUUUGGUUUCCACCGUUUAACAAACAGUAAAUCUAGAAUGUAUGAAGACAAGGUAACGAGGUAACCACUCCUAAUUUUGAUAAUUUUCUUGUUUUUGCAAUAGCUCAUGCUUUGUUCAAUUGUUCACGAUCUACUCAGUAGAAAUGUUGAUAUCGUGCGACAGCCACCCCCAUUUUAAUAGUUUUAAGAUCCCAAUUCUCA